AUGGUGAGAGGCGGCAACCACAACAAUGCACAACCUCCUACAAUGGAGGAGAUGAUGGCCAUGAUCAACGGCUUAAGGGAAGAGAACGCGCGCUCCAGGGAGAGAGAGGAGGCUAUUCAACGUGAGAAUGAGGAGCUCAGGAGACGAGCGGAUGGGAUGGAGGCCAGGUUGGAAGCUAGUGUCAGGACGGUAGAGGAGGAUGUCAUGAUGGAAGUCCCUAGGGAUUUUCGACCUUUUUCGGAAGCCAUAGAGGCCGAGAUCAUUCCCAGGGAUCUUCGCACACCCCAAGUGGAGCCCUUCGACGGGACCCAGGACCCCGAUCAGCAUUUGAUGGACUUCCGAGCUCAAAUGCUGAUCUGUGGAGGAAGCAUGGAAGCGCGGUGCAAGUUAUUCAUGGGCACGCUCAAGAAGGCAGCGCUGGACUGGUUCAGCGGACUCCCGGACAGGUCAAUCACCGACUUUGACGUGUUUAGUCGGCUCUUCAUGGCGCAAUUCGCCGCUAACAAGAAGAAGCCACCGAUCACGUCGGACUUGUUCGACCUAAGGCAGCAACGCGAGGAGUCACUGAAGGAUUUCCUGCGAAGGUUCAACGAGACCGCGAUGAGGGUGGCAUCGUUGGACGAGAAGAUGGCGGUCAUUGCAUUUCAGAAAGGUUUGAGAUCGGGAGCUUUCGACAUCGCGCUCGAAAGAGCGAACUGUCAAACGAUGUCGGAGGUGAGGGCUUUCGCUCUGAGCCACAUCAAAACGGAGGAGAAUCAGAUCAUUAAAAGGGCGGCCGAGAACCGAGAAGCAGGGAGCAGCAAUAAGGAGGGAAACAAGCAUCUUCGACCGCGCUCAGACUGGAGUAAACGACAUGACCAAUACAGCAGGAAGGAAAGUAAUUACAGGCAGACCGAACAGGGUAGUCGGGCAAGGGGCGAAUGGAGGCGCAACAAUGAGGAAGAAAAGUUCACUCCACUUACUGUUCCUAGGCGACAAAUACUUCACGAUGUCAACAAUGCAUCGUUUUUUGAGUUUCCAGAGGCGACGGAGCGUCAGCUGGGGCCCUCGAAAACCGAUUGGUUGUCGGUGACUGGAUUUGACGAACCACUUCCACCGACCUUAGAGUGA